AUACAUAUAGCGGAAGAAAAAAAAAUCAAGUUAACUCACAAGAGGAAAAUGUACUUCAACUGCUUCAAACCAAGAAAAAACCCAAGGGAAACCAUUGAAAAGAUGCAAAAUGGAAACAAGAAUAUAGCAGAAAGAUGGAGAGUUCUUAGUGGGAACAACAAUUGGGAAGGCUUAUUAGAUCCACUUGACAAUGAUCUUCGUAGGUACCUCAUUCACUACGGAGAAAUGGUACAAGCAAUUAGAGAUGCCUUCAACAAUGACGAGACAUCAAAGUAUGCUGGAUGUAGCCGAUAUUCUAAGAAGAACCUCUUCUCUAAAGUGGGGAUUGAGAUAUCGAAUCCAUUCAAGUAUGAGGUGACUAAAUAUGUAUACGCGACAUCAUCUAUACAAGUUCCAGAAGCAUUCAUCAUAAAAUCAUUGUCAGGGGAAGCUUGGAGUAAAGAGUCAAAUUGGAUUGGUUUUGUUGCUGUGGCCACUGAUGAGGGGGAAGUAGCAUUAGGAAGAAGGGAUAUAGUGAUUGCUUGGAGAUCAACUGUUGUCCCUAUGGAAUGGUUUAAUGAUUUUGAAUUUAUUCGCGUUUCAGCCCCAACAAUCUUUGGUGAAAACUCCGAUCCUAAGGUUCAUCACGGUUGGUAUUCCAUGUAUACUUCAAAUGAUCCGCGAUCACUAUUCAAUAAAGCCAGUGCUAGAGAUCAGGUACUUGGAGAAGUUGAAAGAUUGAUGGAACAAUAUAAGACGGAGGAAGUUAGCAUAACAGUAACAGGGCAUAGCAUGGGAGCAUCCAUCGCGACAUUAAAUGCAGUAGAUAUGGUUUUCAAUGGAAUUAACAAAGGAUUUCCAGUCACGGCAUUUCUAUUUGCAAGUCCUAGAGUGGGAGAUGAAAAUUUCAAUAAGACCUUCUCAGAACUUGAAAAUCAGCUUCGAGCUCUGAGAGUCCGAAAUAUACCAGAUAUAAUUCCACAUUAUCCGUUUAUUGGCUACUCAGAUGUUGGUGUUGAAUUAAUUAUGGACACUAGAAAAUCGGACUAUCUAAAAAGUGGUGGAGACUAUUGGACAUGGCAUAACUUGGAAUGUUACUUGCAUGGAGUUGCUGGAACACAAGGAUCAAAAGAAGGGUUCAAGCUAGAAGUGGAACGCGAUAUCUCACUUGUUAACAAGCAUAUGGACACGUUAAAAGAUGAAUAUGGUGUACCUGUUUCGUGGUGGGUUGUGGAGAACAAAGGGAUGGUUCAACAACAAAAUGGAUCCUGGAUUCUUAUGGAUCAUGAAGAUGAAGAUAAUGAUUUUUAAUUCUUUUACAAGGACGUUUUUUUUUCUACCUUCACUAGUAUUAGAACUCGCGAUGUACAAAAAAUAAAUAGAUAAAAAACUCGCAAUGUAUGAUAAUAUCAAUAAAUAUUAAUUAUGAUAAAUUCUGGUAUGUCUUGUUGAAGUAUACAUUAUAACAAAAAAGGCUUUUUGUGGUAAUAAAUAUACACAUUAAUAAAGAGUGAUGUGUCAAUGGAUCUAAUAAUUUACCAGUAUUAGUAGAUUCUUAUUCAAGAAAGUAGAUCCUGGAUAUAUAUAUAUAUAUGGAGGGAGACGUGAUCAUGGUUUUUCUUUUUGGAGUUUUUAUGGCAGCCAUAUAUGCUCACACCUGAGUGAUGUGUCGGUCUAUUUUUCCUCAUAUAAAUGGAGGGCCCCUAAAAAUAGAGUUAGAAAUGAUACAAAGAAGGAAUAAAGAAAUAGAAGAGGAAAGAUGCACUUAAAAAUUAAAUUAGUCAUUACAUAAGAUAACACUCUCUUAAGGUAUUUUGAUAAUAAAUUUAAUAA